AUGCCAAGUGCCGGGGUCAAAAUAUACAUCGGCAAUCUGCCAGAUAAUUCAAAUCAAGAAGAUAUCAAGGAUCACUUUUCGAAAUAUGGUACUGUACUUAACAUGGAACUUAAAGGAAACUACGGAUUCAUUGAAUAUGAAGAUCGUCGCAUGUGUGAAGAAGCUAUCAGUCAACUACAUGGUACAGAAUUCAAAGGUUCUCAACUUCGUGUAGAAUUUGCUCACGGCGAAAAAAAUGGAAACAUUAAUUUUAAUAAGUACAAAGAAAGCAAAUCUAGUGACACAUGUUUUAAAUGCGGACAAGUUGGUCAUUGGGCAAGAGAAUGUCAUAGAAGAAAUUCUGAUGCAUUUAAACAAUUGAUGUCAUUUAGUAGUAACGUUCGUGAGUUUGGAUCUCGUAAACCUGGUGGUAAUCGUUAUGAAGAUCGUCGUAACAAUGAAACAUACACUAGAGAGCCAUACAACAACAGAGAUAACCGAGAUAAAUAUGAUAGAGAUGAACGAUAUCCUCCUCCACCUCCUCUUGAACGUGGUGGAUAUGAACGUCCUUAUGAACGUUAUGGAAGAGGCGAGCCACCUGAUGUUGAGUACAGAAGAGAGUAUCGAAAUUAUGAUAGACCUUAUGAUCGAGAAAGAGACAACAGACCCUAUGAUAGACCUUAUCCGGAACGUGACUAUGAGCGCUAUAACAGAGAUAACUAUGAGAGACCACCUUUACCACCUCCAGAUGUUCCUCCAUAUCCUCCUCGAGGUAGAACCGGUUCUCCACCGCCGCCGCCACCACCUCCUCCACGUAGAGGUAGUUAUGACAGGGGAAUAAGAUAUCCACCUGAUCCAAUGUUUGGUCCACCAUCCAUCAGACCACCACCAUCUCCUCGUGGUCCUGUUUACAGACGACGUUCUAUGAGUCCUAUAAGGGGUCCAGGUAGCGGUGGUAGUGGUGGUAGAGCCCCACUUAUUUAUUCAAGUCGCCCACCUAGAUCACCUAGUCCUCCUAUACCUAGAAACAUUCCUGCUAGACGUGGCGGUCCAAGAACUCCAACAUCUCCUAGUCAUUAG